AUGGUGGGUGUGAAUAAAAAGAAAAGCAAGAAAGUUAACUUGCUUAAAGAUCAAAUGUUUCUAACUAAAAAAUAUGUUGAUAUGAACGAUCCAAUAUAUGAUAGUGAAAUAGAAGAUGAAAAUUGUUUUUAUACUGUCGUCAAUGCUGAAGAAAUUGAGUAUUCCCAAAAAGUGUGUGAUAUGAAAAAUAAAAUGUUUGAGGAUGUAAAUAUUUUAAGUUUUGAAGAAUUUGAGAAAAAAUGUGAUUUAUUAAUAGAUAAUUUUUUCUUAAGUAAUAAUAUACAAGAAUUUAUUGAAGAUAUUAAGUCCUUAAAUGUUAAGAUAUAUAAUGAUUACUUAGUUUUACAGCUUAUUAGGAAAUCGUUUGAUAAGGAUGAUGAAAGUCAAAUGAAUGUAUCUUGUUUAUUAAAUAUAUUAAAUAUAACAAAAUUGAUAACACCUGAACAAGUACAAAGAGCUUUUGAAAAAAUUUUGUUGAGUUUAGAUGAUAUCAAAUUAGACUGUCCUUUAUGUUAUGAUAUAUUUUUAAAAUAUCUUAGAUUUAGUAUAUUGGAUAAUAUUAUUGAUAAAAAUUAUAUUUUUAAGUUACCAACAGCUUUCUUUGAUACAUUAGGUAUAUUUAAUGUUAGCGAAAAUGAAUUAAGAGAAAAUGUUAUGAAAGAAAAAGAGCUUCUCAUGAAAGAGGCUCUACAUGAAGAAGAAAUUGAAGAAAAAAAUGAUGUAACAAAUGUAAACGAAUAUUAUGCUGAUGAUAAAAAUAUAAAAGAUAAGAACAAUCACAAUAUUAAUGAUACCACAAAUGUAAAUGGUGAUACUAAUUAUAAUAUGAAUGAUAAUGAUAAUAUUAAUAAUAGUCAUCAUGUGAAUAGUAAUAGCAACAACAACCAUAAUAAUAAUAAUAAUUAUUAUGAUAUGUAUAAUAACAAUAUUGAAUUAGCUGAUGAAAAAAAAAAGUUGAAAGAUGAAAUAUGGAAUGAUACUUUAUUGUGGGUAUUAGAUUUAAAUAUAAAAAAAGUUGAAGAUGAGAAAAAAGAGUUUAAGAAAAAAUCAAGAGAUUUCUUAAUAGAUUUUUUUAAUGAUGGUGAUACAAAUGAAGUUAUUGAAUUUCUAAAUAAUUCAAAUAAUUUGUUUUAUCAUGAAUUUAUUAGAAUAAGUAUUAUAGAAUCUUUUAGUAAGAAUAAUAUAUGUAGGAAAUAUAUCUCUUAUUUAUUAGAUAAUUUGUGUGAAAAAUAUGUAUCAAAAACAGAUAUUGUUAUUGCUUUUAUUCGAAUUAUUGGAUAUAUUGAUGAUUAUGAAAUUGAUUUCCCACAAGCAAAAGAAAUGACAUGUAAAUUUUUAUUACGUUGUAUUUAUGAUGAUGUACUUUAUCCAGCAUUUUUAAGUGAUAUCUAUAAAUUACAUAUAGGAGGAGUUACUGGUAUGAUGAUUUGUAAUAAAACACAACAAAGAAUUAACGACAAAAGUAAACUUAAUUUAAAUAAUAUUAGUUUUAUAUGGGAUGAAGAUGAUACAUAUGAAAAAAUGAAAUUGAAAAGGAAAAUUAAUAAUACUUUAUUAGAAUAUUUUUAUUCAUAUAUUGAUGAAGAAGAAUUUUAUUUAUAUGUAGACGAAUUCUUGCCAUUAUAUCAUGAUCUUUGUAAUUAUGUUGUGAAAAAAAUUUUUGUACUUAAUGUAGAUAUUAAUAAUAAUGAUUUAAAUUUAUCUUACAAACUUGUUGAUCAUUUAUUUAAUAAAAAUAUUAUUUCAGAAAAAAAUGUAGAAGGUGGUCUACGUGAAGUUCUUAACUCAAUAAAAGAUAUUAUGUUAGAUAUACCAAAAUAUCCUGAAGAUUUAAAAAAAAUUAUAACACACCUUUUGACAAAGAAAUAUAUAACUCAACAGUUAUAUGACGAAGCACAGGGAGUUAUUACAACAGUAUAA